GCCAGGUGUCGCACGUUGCUCUUCAAACUUUUUUACGUGGGAAGGAAAUCGGAAAAGAAAGGGAACGAUUACUUUGUUCUUGUGCAUAAACUAACAAAAUAUUCAUAUGAGGAGAUCGGUUUUUCGCCUCUUCGUCGAAUAGAAGGAACGAUUUGGCGGAGAAUUCGAGGCUGCAAAGGUGUUUCCGGCGGAAGGUUGCGUUCAAGUAAGUUCUCGCAGGCAACGCGUUGCAUUUAGUCGAGCGGAAAUAGGAUUCUGUCGUGUUCUUCUCUCCUCUAUUGUAAACAAACUGCGAAGCCAACGAUACGGUUUUAGAUUUUCGAUAUCUUGCCUCGUUUAUAACGAUAUCCUGUGCUUUUGCAGUGAUUUUGUCGCGAUUCCCAGCAACGAAGGAAGUAUUUGAGAGCGAGUUACUGCCCGAUCAGUGAAGUAAACAGGAAAAGUUCAAGGCGUCUUGCUGCCUGGGGGACGAUAAAGUUGCAGGUAUUAUUGAAAUGUUAUUGAUCUGUACCGUAAGUCGAACUUUAUGUGUUCAGCUUGAGGUGAUUUCGUUUUCGUUUAACUCGAUUUAAUAGUUUCAAGAACAUGUAUUCUUGUUUACUUUAGUUUGCAAUCAAAGGAAGUCAAAGACGGUUCAGAUCGGAAAAAAGCAUGAAGUUCGAACCUGAUCUUAUGGCGGGAAAUUUGCGCUUGCAUUGUCCUUUUUCUGACCAUUAGUUAAAAUAUUAUUUUACAGUUCUGCGUUAGAGUCAAUUUGAAACGGUUUUCUAUGGGAAAAAAUGUCGUGAACCUUGUCUGAUGAUCGGUCGCUUUCAAGGCCGUCGUUGUUUUCAGUGACGCACGACUUCGAGAUCGGAAAUUACUUUCCAUUGAUUUGUUCAUUCAUUAUUAUCAGGAUUUCCUCGUCAAGAAUCUACACUUUCGCAUAAAUUCAGGUUUAAACUGCAGAUAACCUUUUUCCUUCUUCUCGAUUAAUUAUGAAAUCUAGUCCUAUGACUUAAAGAAGAGUCUCCAGUCAAAACAAGAUGUUGAGCAUUUCAUGUCGUUCUCAACUUUAUUUCCCUUACUACUUUGUUUAAAUUGUGGCAUUCAUGUGACAAACACACACAAAGCAAAACAAAAAACACUGCAUUUGGAAAUCUCCAUGGCCUGUGGCAGGAAAAUACUGAGGGUUUGGUGUCUGCUUCAUAAAAUUAUGAAUUAUAAAUCGCCAGAACAUUUUUUUGGAAUUAAAGAGGAAAAAUCUGUAAGCAAAGAAAUAAGCCUUCUCCUUUGAGCUUUGCAGUCACGUGGGUUGGUUAACUCAGCUUGUCAGAUCUUACCUUUUAUAAGAUAAAGGAGACACAACAAAUGCCCUGAUUGGUCUAAAACAUAUCAUUUAUAAUACUGGUAAAUCCAUUGAAAACUGAAACAUUUUUAGUUUAUUUUAUAAUUGCAGUAGACCUCUUUUGCAACUUUUCUUGUGUUUUUGUAACAUCCUGCAUGGUUUAUUAUGUCAGUAGAGUGAUAGAAAGUGUGGUCUAUUGCUUCAAUAACUCAUGAUUUUGCAAAAAUUACAUUUGGUGCACCAUGGCGACAAAGCAUGCAAGGGACAAGUCCAGUUACCAAAAUCUCUCUAAAUGAUUGCAAUACAGUAUUUCCUCAAAUAAACACCAGAUGCCUUUUUAACCUUUUUUAGCUAAAAGGUGGAGGGGGUGCUUUAACUUAAGGAAGGGUGGUUAAUUAAGGGGGCACUUAUUAUUCUCCUGCACUGAUUCUGCAAUAGUUGAAACUUAAAAAAUUAUAAAUUAACUUGCAAUAGAAAUAGGUUUUCCUUGUACCCCUUCUAUUUUAGAAAGUGUCAAGCAAUAGGGGGCACUUGUUUGAAGGGGUGCUUGCCUAGGAGGUGGGUGCUUAUUUGGGUGGUUAUAAGAGUGUUGAUUCUUAUUCAAGGAAAAACAGGUCUGGGUAAUCUGAGCCUGAAAUUUAUCAAUUUUCAAUAGAGUGUCAAAAGCACAGUGUAGUAGUCUGGGGCUGGUUCUGAAACUUACUCUACUUUCUCAACCAGUCAUAAUGGAAAGUAACUCCAAGCAUGACUUGGUUACUAGCAUUUCUUGUGCCUCAGGCAGCUUACUAAUUUUUACUUUGAGUUCUUAUCAAGUCCUUAAUAUACAUUUUCCUUUGUUCUGAUUUGCAAUUGUGGUAACUUUGUGUUAUAUUUUACAAAAAUUAAUAGAAAUAUUCUCAAAGCACUAAUAGUAACCUCUUCACUUCCAAGAUCUAUCAAUAAUUCUCUUUCUUGUCUGCCAUACAGGUUUUUAUGAUCUCAGCUUGCAAAAUUAGGUAGUGGAUUGACAAAAAAUACCCCUAUUGAUAUUUUUCUUAACUGUUAUCACCUUUCUGCUUGAUACUGCAUUGAUAUUGUAAGGAGAAAUUCUGUCACAGUCAAUUUAAUUUUCAGUGAAGCACCAAGAGUGCAUUGGUUGUGAUUGGUUUUUAUUAACAAACUUGUGGCUCCAUGUAAGAACAAACAUUAUUUGCAGUGACAGUUUAUACAAGUGUCAGGGUUCCAAGCUUAAAUUGUUCAAAGUUGCCAUUUGGUGAGCUACUGUAGAAAAACAAACUGGGAUGCCAGAAAUUAAAUUUAAGUUGGCAGUGAAAUAUACACUUUGGUCAAUAGUGAUCGACCUGCUUAUUCAAAUUGCUGAUCUCACGUCUUGUGGAGAGAUUUCACUCCAUCUCAACACUUUGCACUCAGGCAACCAAAGGGGAAGGAAUUUGUUUGUACAGAAUAAAAGAAGAAAACCACAAAGCAUUUCUUAAGUAUUAUUUUUUGGAACUGCCUGCAGUUUAUUGGAAACUUGAUUAUCCAGAUCUCAAUUAUCUGGAUUUUUUUAUUUUCCAGACUUGCUUCUCUGGUCCCAUUAUCUUUGAACAUUUAUGUUCAUAUUUUUAAUUAAUGGGAUAAUUAAUGUUUGAUGCAUCUCACUUUGACUACAGCUCAUAAAAACCAAGUCAAAGAACUGUUACAACUUGCUACAUGACUGAAAAACACAGGGCGAUGAAAUUACAACUCAUAUUGCAAAUAUAGUAACCAAGUGUUUGUUCUAGUCACCAUAGAGACCUCAACAGCUCCAGCUUACUUGUCUUUUAUCACGCUAUGCAUUUGUGUUGCCUUUGUCAUAAGUUUUUACUGGUUCAUUUUGACAUUUUCCUUUCAAUGUUCUGAUUGGUCAAAUUUUUCUUAACAUAGGUGUUGGUUUUAAUUUACCUAAUAAAAAUGUUCUGUGGACAUGUUCAGCCACCAUGUGUUAAGUGACAUCAAAUAGUGUUGCAUAUUAUCAUUAUUCUCUCUACUGUUACAGUGACGUCUUACAAUAGCAGCCCCUGGUGAUUCUACCAUGGAUACCAAUAAUGGAACCCUAGGUAGCCCCAUGCAAUUGCAGUGUAAUGCUGCAAGUUCUGCAGAAGAUAUUAAGAAGUUGUUGGGAGAGAAACUGCAGAGGCAACUUACUGAUUAUUCAGUCAUCUUCAAUGAUACAGAGGUACAGUGAAUAACAAGAAAAAUUUUCAGCAAUUAAUCAUGUGGUCUCAUCUUGUGGAUGAGGGGAGUCCUUAGGAGGACUAUUGUUGGUGGGGGUGACUGACCUUUGGCAACAUUUUGUGACAACCCAAGCAGAAGUCAUCAUUAGAGUCAAAUAAUUAAACAUAAUGCUUUGUCUAAAAUAUGAAAAUCCCUCUUCUAAGAUUGAGGUGGAAAUUUCUAUAUGAUGUUAGCAUUGACGUACUCCAAAGUAACUAAAUUUUUGCAUACUGUUUUUAUUAAUAAAUAGGUUGGAUUUUUUUUAAAACCAGUUUGCGCUUUUUGGAUAUUUAAUUAAGUAGAUGGUGUGGUAAAACACCAACUUGUCCUGGCCAAUACAUGUACAUGUUUUCAACAUUACAGCUGUAAAGGUUUAACUCUAUAGAUAACCCUUAACUCCCAGAAGUGCUUGGCAUGUAAUUUCACUCUUAAAUACCCAUACAUUAUCCAGCAAACAGGUUAUGAGAAUACUUAAACUUAUCAAGUAGAAGUUGUUACCUUGAUCUAACACUAAAUUCUUGUACAUGUAACUAAUUUACAAGGAAAUGUGUAACAGUGAGAGGGGAAAAUUCAUAAUCAGAUCUUGGAAGAUAAUGGGUAAGAUUUAACCCUUAACUCCCAGACCAAGUUUGUAAUUCUCCUACUGUCAACCAUACAAUUCUUACAAUGUUAGUUUGGAGAAUUUUGUAUUGGAUCAACCAAUUAUCCCCAAGUUGAUAUUUUCUCAAUUCUCAUCACUUAUCUAGUUGACAUUGUGUUGAUAUUGUAAGGAGAAAUUCUGUCUUGAUCACUAACUUAAGGGUUAAUAGAAUAGAAUUAUGGAGAAAAUGGAAAGGUAAGGACAGUUUUUUUUUGGGGAGGGGUGAAAAGAUAGGAAAAAACCUCCUAGAAUCAAUCAUGGUCUCUAUGUACAUACAAAGUCAUGUAAAUCAAAAAAAAUAUUUACAUUGUAUUUUCUUCUUUAACUGUUAAACAGCUGACAACCGUCCACAGCAUUCUGAAGGAUCAAGGUUUGGGAAAUGGAGGUCUGGACCAAAUUUUUACCUUACUCAUUAUUUUAAAUGGUGAGUUUUUGAUUGAUACCAAUUUUCACGAUCGUUUUUUUUUUUGUGUAUUUUUUUUUAAUGUUAUAAUUUUGAAAGGUAUUUUUUAUUGAUAGUAGUCAUGAAAUCUUAUUUACCAUGGUUUAACUUUUUUUACCAGCAAUUAUCCAUCACUUAUUGAGAUCUAAUUUUUUUCUUGACAGAGGAAAAUCGAAGAAUAGAAAUCACCAGUAUUCAAACUGCCUCACAAGGUAUUAUUAUCAUUAAUGAUAAUUAUUUGAUGCACAGUCAAUGGCUCACACACUCACAAUGCUCAGAUCUGAGCUAUGAACACUUGAUUUGGGGGCCUGCUGGGUAAUUUUCUAUAGAAUUAAAAUAGUGGCAAGGGUUACUUUAUUUUCUAAAAUUAUUUUGUUCAACUUUUUUCUUCCUUGAAUAAGUUGUCACCAAAAUGGUAAAGACAACAAGUGUGUUGAACAUUUCACAAUUUUCCUCUUGGGAAGUUUACCUGGGAGCCUAAACUUUGUGAUUUGAAGACCCUGUUUUCCAAGCUUGCUUGCAAACAUCUGAAUGUGGGCCAUUACUCCAACAUGUCUUUGAUUUAUUGCUCAUACAUGUACACAUACAUGUUAAUGUUUAUGACUAUACAUUGUACUUGCUACUAACUUUUCAUUCAGAUCUACUGAAAACUGUUCACCACUUCAAAGCAAAUUGCCCAAGUUGUUGCUCACAUGUACAUGUAUGUGAUUUAUGUAAUUCAAACUGGCACUACAAAAAGAUUUGAAAUGUUGUAAUUAUAGGACAUUUUCAUAUGUUCCAGUGCUAGCUCUGCAUGUGAGUUGGGUUGUUCUUGGGUGUUUUCUUUACACCAAUGGUUUUUCUCAGGUGAUCCUGCUUUUCUUCCAUCAACAAAUUAACAGCCAACAUGCAGUAAAUUCCACCUCAGCCUUGCUCUGUAUAUUUACAUUGUGAAAUGAGUUCUUGAACUUAUUUGCUUUACAUAUACAUGUACUCUGUUUGUAUAGAAGCAAAAUAUUGCUAGUAGAGCUCUUAGAAGAGGGAGUCACUAGUCUAAUCUUGGGAGUCAGUAUUUGCAGAGACUAUUUUUCUGGUAAAGGUCAAGACUAAUUUCUCCUGUUUCAAUUUGCCUUUUUUUGGUUGAUGAUUCCUAGUUGGUAUGCCACCUCUUCCAGUUGUGGAACCUGAAGUCAAGAUGAGCAGUGUGGAGAUCCAAGCUGUCUUUCCGUUAGUGGCUACUGCUGAAGAACCUCCCAAGAAGCGAAGAAGGUCAUCAGGAUCCGCCACAGGAAAAGGUACAGAUUAUACUUAUACUAAAAAACAAGUAUUAAAAAAAUUAAUUUGUUUUCAUUCUUCUAAUGUAAGUGGUGUUUCAUCAAUUCCCAGAUCUCAUUGUUUGCUAUACAAUUCUUAUGAUGCUAGUUUGGAGAAUUUAGUUUUAGAUCUACUAAUAAUCCUCUAAUUGACAUUUUCUUCUUUCUCAUCACUUGUUUGCUCGCUAUUAAUUGUGUUGUUAUUGUAAGGAGAUUCAAUUCCUUCUUCACUCACUCAUGGGAAUUAAAUGGUGAAAGAGUUCAAUUGUUAACUUACACUGGAGAAGUGCUGUCCCUUUAGAAUAAUUUGAAUUCAAAGUAAUUGUUAAACAGGAUAAGGUCUCUAGUUUCCUUGUUCUUUAUGGUUGCUAGCUCCAAGUAUGUCAAGUGUUUUCUGAAAGAACAGUUCCCCUUCAUCUUCUUUUUAAUAUAUACAAAUAAGUUUAUACUUUGAAUGUUUUUUAGAAAGUUUGUUGCACAUUACACAUGCUGACCCAGACUGUCAAAUAAUAUUAUUAUAAACAAUGUGACUUUUCAAUAAUUCUUAUAAAAUUGGAUUUUGAAGAUAGGUAACCAAAGUAUUACAUGCAGUUCAGUAGGAUUGAUUAAGCAGGGCGUGAAAUUAACUUUUUUUUCUGAUAGCCACUUGGCUCCUAAAUUCUUCAAAGUGGUAGCCAAUUAAAAAAAAAUUGGUCGCCAUUUUCAAAGACAAACAAAAUCUUUCUUACGCUGUCAGCGUUCUAGAUAGGCCCUGCAAAAUUAAGCUAGGGAAAAUAUCUUUAACGUGCUACAAAGUGGACACUAGGAUGGAUGAUAUACAACAUUCAGGCUUAUCUAAAUCCAAGAUUGCGUUUAGUUAUCGAUCGAGAUGCAUGUGCUACGUUUUGGAAACAAACUUAACGAGGAAGUUUGCCGUGGAUUUAUCUUUGCAAAUUUUUUAAAUUCUCUAUAUCUCCUGGUUAUAAGGUUAUAAUGAAACGUUCUAGUUGCCAAUUUGGCGACUAACUUUCAGGAUUUGGUCGCCAAAGUGAAAAAUUUAGUCGCAUUGGCGCCUAUAUUAGGCGCAAUUUCACGCCCUGUUAAGGAGAGAAAUGAAAGGAAGUCAUUUAUUUCAAAUUGAUUAUUCACAGGUAGCAGUGGAUGACCAUGAGUUGGUUCUUCCUGUCCAAUGUUUUAUGCUUGAAUAUUAUUGGCAUUUGGGGUUUUUAUUUAAGGCAAUAGUAUUUAGUGCCAUUAUUGCUGUUCCAUAUGUGCAUACAUGCUAAACAUAUGGGCCCAGUUGUUCAAAGGCUGAUUAGUGCUAACCCAGGGUUAAAUUUUAAUCCAGGUUUCUAUAUUUCUCUGUUCAAAAGCUGUUUUGGAAUAAUUUUACCCAUUGUUUUUAGAGCAUUUAAUUAUCAAAUUGUAGUCAAAAAGAAAUAAACUGAAUUUGCUCUUCAAGCUUUUAGAUCUGAAAUCAAAUUUCUCUCUAACCUCAGGUUAUCUUAACCCAGCUUUGAACAACCUGGCCCUGAAGAGUUUCUUUGGAUUUGAUACAUGUGAAUGCACAGUGACACAUUAUAGCUUCAAGUGUUAAUAUAGCAGCAAGGAUUUUAUUGCUAUAUGGUUAUAACCAGCUUAGCAAUGAAAUGUUUUUUCUUUCCAAUUACAUUCUCAGGCAACACUAAACCUGGUCAGCAGCUUGCCUCAGUAUCUCAACAAGUUCCUGUCAUCAGUUGCACUAAUUCUGAUAGUGAGUGAUCAAAUAUAUAUUUUUUUCAUUCCUCCAGUGACAUAAAUAUAAGGAAUUUUUAUUGGAGGGGAUGUCCAUACUUUGAUUAGAAAAAACCAAACUUUUUCCUCAAAAGCUCCCUUUCUGUGCAAGUAUUUUGUUUAAAGAUACAUUUAUCAUGAAUAGCCAGGAGAGUGGUAUUAUGGGAACCUGUCAUUGCAAGAAUUUUGGUAUUAGACAAGUGAUAAAAGAACCCAAGAGCCUGAUGGGAAGGAGGGGUCCAUCCUCUCAACCCCUCCAUUUGGAUUGGUCACUGAAUUUAUAUUCAGGGUUUUAUUAGAAGGCAGGACCUGGGUUCAAGCACCAGAUUACACAAAUGUUAGUAAUUUCUUUUGUUCACAUGGGUCAUAGCUGAAAUCAAUUGUAACUUUACAUUUUUGUCAGGCCAUGCUCAUAAAGAUGCCCAGGAAUUUUAAAAUGUAAUGAAACUGCUGCUAAGAACAAGUUGUGCAUUUUUUCUCGAAAGGAAAGUGCUUAGGGCAUUGAAUGACUCAGUUGUAAUUUGUAGUGCAAUAUUGAUUAAAAAUAAAUUUCAACCUAAAACUUGCUUACGUGCUCAAUUGUAGGCAAUGUCCAUGCACAGCAGAUUUCAGUCAUAAAGAAUGGUAAGUUACAAGAACAUGCAUGGUUUGAGUAUGUGUAUGUAUUUUAAAUGUGUCCACUACUACGAAAAGAAUAGUGAUUUUCCUGGUAAACAGCAACUCUUGCAAUUGAUCCUGAUAUCUCCUGCACAUUGAAAAUGAAAGAUUUAUUCUUCCCUAAAAUGCUUUAUAUGUCACAACCAUACAUGUCAUAGGCCCCAUAAGAGUCAAAUUGCCCUAAUGUGAUAGUCUGUGUCAAUUACUCUGUAAUCCCCAUUAACUUUCAUGUAAGGUUUGUUGGCAAAGAAGAAAAUAUUUUAUUUUAACUCUGUCACUAAUAAACAUGGCAAUAUAAAUUUCCCUGUGGCAACAUGAUGUUCACUGUUCAGAAAUUGGAAGCCAGAUUUACAUGUAGAUCUAUACAAAUAAUAUGUAGAUAGGAAUGGACUUGGCUUUUUCCUGCUUGAAUAAUUUUUUUUUUCAGGUGUGGGAUUCUAUGUUUUGUUGGUAAUAUUUUUGUUUUGUUUUCUGUUUUUCACUUAUUAUAAUAUGCUUUUGAAUUGUACUAGGUUUGGAAAAUUCUUCUGGUAAAGAUGAAGCAUCCUUAAUUGGAAUCACUCAAGCACAAGGUUCAUUCUCUCUAAAAGGUAAGAUUUUUUAACUAUCACUGUUACUGUUGCACUGCUUUCAAGAAUAAUGGCAUAUGUACAAUGUACACCUAGUUGUUGUUUUAGCAGGCUCUGUCCAAAGGUACUCUAUGCUCUUUUAUAGUUGGGUUUAUGACCAAAAGAAAAUGCUUUAGCUUGUGCAAGUUAUUUUUAUUAACCCUUUUACUUCCAAGAUCUGGUUGUUAAUUCUCCUCUCUAGCUGUUACACAUAGCCUAGUAAAUUGGCUGUGAGAAUCUGGUGUUGGAUCAACAUAGCAACUUCAACCUGAUAAUUUUAGGUGUUCUUGUUACCUGAAUGCUAGAAAAUGUAUUGGUAUUAUAAGGAGAGGUUACUGAUUAAUCACUACUGGGAAUCAGUAAAUCUAAAUUAUCUAAAUUUAAGGCGAUAGUUUUUGAAUAUAUUUUAGAACACGAUAAAUCUAAUCAUUUAUGUAGUUUAAAAUAAGUAUUAGCUUUCCUAUAUAUUUUAUGUUAUUUUAAUUCAUACUUUAGUUCUUUAUAGGGUUUCUCCUUUGAUUGAUACUAUUUAUCAUGCUGAUCACUAGUUCAUACCAGCCAAUCUAUUAGAUUGCUGAUUAGUCUUAUCAGUUGAAAUAAAGCUUAUUAUUAUUAUUAUUAUUAUUAUUAUUAUUAUUAUUAUUAUCAAAGAGUUAACACUUUUGGGUUGAAAUGAGGAGCUCCAGAUGAGGCUUCCACCAGUUGAUGCCUUUCCAUCCCAAGUACCCCUUUAUCAGUUUGCUUGUAGGUGUAUGCUUUAGGUCAUUUUCAUGUUGAAAUUUUGGCUUUCAAGUGUUAACUUCAGAUGAAGUAAGAGACAAAAUUUCUUUGACUUAACAUUUUGCCUCUAUUUUCCCAAUGCCCUGAACAUGAACUUGAAUUGAAGGGAUUUUUGAAGUGACCCUUCUGUUUUACCUGCUUCCUUAUAUGUUAAAUACUGAUUUUGUCCGUUUUAAUAGUUUUUUUGUUUGCUCAAUGUAGGUUUGGCAGGAAUUGGGUCAGAUCCCCCAACAUUAAUUCUGCAACCAUCAUCUCAGAACAGCCUAGGAGAAGAUAAAUCUCCAUCUGCAGGUAUGAAAGAGUAAUUUGCAGUAAAAAAGUGAAUCAUUGUCCUGGUAUAUCUGUGUGAGCGUGCAAAUGGAAUUGACUUUCCAGGGUACUCCAUAAAGUUCUAGGAGAGAAUGAACAAACCAUCAAAUUGAAAAUAUAUGUAACUAUAUAAAAGCACCCUUUCUCAAUCUCCCUGUAGAAUACAAUUCCUUGUGUACAGAUUGCAUAAUUAUUGACCUAGCUUUUUAUUUAUUCAGGUGAAUCUUGCUAAACAAACACCAUGUCAAGAUGUCCACCACCCUUUUAUGAAAAUUUUUGUACCCAGCAACAAGGUUUUGGCCAAGUUCUGACUACCAGCAAAAUUUGGUGGAUGAAAAAACAAAAUCAUUAGUUGGAUUUUUGGCCAGAAAAUAUUCAAUACAGCGCAACAGGCACUUCUGAGGUUACGAACUCACAAUCCUUCAGUUUCAAACACUAUCUUUGUGCUGCCUUGCUUUAAAUUUCAGUUGGCAGCCUAAUUUCUUAGCUAAAACCCAACUGAAAGCCGGGUAAAUUUAGAAAUCUGUUGAAGCAUGAAUUAAACUAAACUGUUGUCUUUUGGUAUUCUCUGUGAACGUGAAACAGAUGCUGUGAGCGGUGAAGAGGAAGAAAAAGCAAAGAGUAUUGAUGGAAAAACAUGUCCAGGCAACAGAUCAGGUAACUGUACCAAGGCCCACCAAAACAAAUUUAAAUCUUUUUUAACAUGAAAACUUUCUAAUCAAGUUGUUAAAAUUUGUGCUCAACUCACUGUGAUGUUUGUCUCGCUGGUUCUGCUCAUGUUAAAUAUCUGAAUGGAGUUUUAACUCUUUACACCUUAAUACUAGUAUGAAUAUUCGCCGUACUGUUCUCUAUACAGUUCCUUAGGUGCUGACAAGGAGAAUUUGCUGAGCAAUCAAGAGCUUCUUUAGUCUUUGAUCAUUUCCUUUUUUCUCGCGACCUAAAUGUUUAAUAACAAGGAGAAUUUAUACAUUGGUUCACACUUAGGGGUCAGAGAGUUAAUUUUAGUUUGGGUGUCAUGGUGUUCUAUUUUUGUUUGUUUUGUUAUCGUUGUUGGUGUUUUUUCCUUGAAAAGCUUUAACUGUAGAGGGGGGGGGGCCUUCGAAAUUGAGUCAUGACUUUCGAGCAGCAGAAGAAUCCAAAAGAAAGAAGGCUUGGUGCAACUGCUUUUCCUUUUUUGGUCGUUAAUGUGUUUCACUCUUGAGUGGGAUAGAAACAAAUUUUAGCAUUGCGGGAGUGCAUGUCAUGUCUCUAGCUUUUCUUUUGUACUUACAACUCGGUAAUAUUACCUCUACCAGGUAACAAUGGCCAGAUUCAGUUGUGGCAGUUCUUGUUGGAACUGCUGACGGACAGAGGCAGUCGGCACCUGAUCAUGUGGGUUGGAGAGAAUGGGGAGUUUAAACUGAAUGAUCCUGAGCAGGUGGCACAACAGUGGGGCAAGCGUAAAAACAAACCAGCCAUGAAUUAUGAGAAACUGAGCCGUGCCUUACGGUAUUACUACGAUGGAGACAUGAUUCAUAAGGUCCAUGGAAAGAGGUUUGUACUUGUAAAGAAGACAUUUUGUGGGUAUUUUUUCCGCAACCUCAAGAAAAAGUGGGAAUUUAUUUUCACUCUACAUGUACAUGUAGCUAUCUAUACAUGUGGUUGCAUCUAUUUUCAUUAAAACUUGGUUACAAGUUAACGGCUGGAAGGAGCCGCUCUUCGGCUGGUUAAACUCAAUGCAAAAAAUAAGGAUUUCUCACUUGAUCUCAUAACAGUCUCUGUCAUGAGAUAUGAUGAAAAUUUUGAUUUACAUUUUUGGAAUGAAUGUGUGUUGAAUGCUUAUAGUAUAUUUAUGAAUCCUCUGCCUGCUCUCAAUUUCGCUGCCCUAACAAUGCCAUCUCGUCCAAUGAACAAUUCUUCUACCACCCCCAUGGGCCACUGAUUUCGGUCUCGCUUAUCAGACUUAACGAUAAAAACGUCUCCUACGGACAAGCUGUUAGGUUUGGUGUUAUGUUUCAGUUGAUGCCUCUCUCUCUCAAAGCUCUAAGUUAUUGCGUGGUCCAUCGACACCACGUUGUGUCUUAGGUAGCUUUCAAGAAUUUCGCACGUGUCCUCAAGUCACGGUCUUCAUGACGAUGUGGUUCGAGCUCAGGUAAAAUGUUAGCAUUCAGAAACAGUAAAGAGUUAGGCGUUAGUGUAGGGAAUUGCGGGUCAUCCUCCACGUAACCAAGAGGUCGAUGGUUUAGCGACACUUCGAUGUCGAGGAAUAUCUCGCAAAGCUCGUCCCAGUUUAGAAGACCCUGACCCACCGACCUGUUGAAUGAAGACUUGAAUAUUAGCAAAUGAGUCUUUCGAAGUGUCCUCCCCACCAUGGCGCCCGACUCACGUAAGAGGUCCUAUGAUCUUUUCGGAAGGAUGACGAGAAAUGUGAUUAAACCGCGAGAUCCAUGUACAAAUUCCCAUGGCUUUACGAAAGCCGAACUUCUCGAGAAGAGUGUCAAAGUCAUCGUUUGCUUCGAAAUCGAGCGCGAAAAGUCCUCGCUGAACCUUCUCUGCAUUACUGUUAUCCGUCGCCUUUGUCAUAAUAUCAGCAGGCCACAGAGAUGGGUCGAACAACCACGGCGGACCGUUCCACCAUUGCUCCGCUUCAUUCACACUGCCGCCUCGACUUCCCAGGUCAGAUGGGUUUUCGGAUGUCGUUACAUGUCUCCACUGCGUGUUCGGGCGACUCUGGAUCUUUUUAACCCGGUUAGCCACGAAUUAGCGGUACUCCCCGUCAUCGUCAGCCAGCUUAGGGCUACAGUGCUGUCGAGCCAUCAUUGUAUAUCCUCCGUCAUAUUGAACCCUUCUAGUGCAGCCCGCACAUUUGUUGACAAGUUGACUGCGAUGGGGCCUAACACGAGCUCCCAACGAGAAAUCGUCAGACUUUUCCAGGAAAGGCGGGAUUUGGCGGCAAUCAGACCCUGUGUCACACCUGGCACUUGUGCAACCACAGGAUACACAACAGCACACACACCGUGAUUACUUGCAUCACCAAAUGCAGGUAGUUUAAUGUUGUCGUUCGGUUCAUAGUACUGAACAGGACUGCGAGGAAAGUACACAUCAUCCGGUGCAUUGUUUUUCCUUCUGAGCCACCUUUUCGAAAUCCCCUCGGGAAAUGGGAUAUCCCAGCUCAACUUCAUCUCACUGGCUUCUCGAUAGAUUUGUUUCCCCUCCCCUCCGGCGACACAAGUCUUAACGGGUCAUAAACCUUGACCAAACGGGGCAUCCUCGCUGAGUUGUCAUCCACUUUGUCCCUUUUGAGUCCCAGUAGUUUGCACUCUCCACGAACUGAUGAUGCACCAAGCUGCUGUUUAGAAAAGGAAGGCUCGUCAUCGGUACAGUUAUCUCAAGUUCUGGCACGUUUGAGUGCCAUUUGUGCAAAGUGAACUUUGCGCGAUUAAAGAUCUCUACCGCAUGAUGUUUGAGCUUUCGCGCACCUUCCACUUUAGAAGCGGAGCUCGCAGAGCGUAGCUCCAUAACUAUACAAAAUAGUAGUAACCCAUCAAGCCGAAAAAAUUUUGAGUUACGACCGUACGACUGCACAAGUUGCUAUUUUUAACAUGCGUGGUCAACUGUACCGCGGGCACGCCAACGCCACGGCUUUGUCCAGUAGUCCUUUGGUCAGUGCAUUGGGCUCCGAGUCGGACGAUUCGGGUUCCAGUCCUGGCCGGGGCAAGGUGUUGUGCCCUUGAGACGUGCGGGAAAAAAAAAUGCGAGGUCCGCUUUUAGGCUUGGCUAAAUCUAUAUAUUAUCUCCUGUGAUCAAAUCAUCUACAUACAAACUAUUUUUGAUUUCUUGCACAGUCCCUCGGACUGCACACUUUCCAGGUGUUGCCGUAUCACGGCAUUGAAUAGAAAAAGAGAAGGUGCAUGACCAACCACCACUAUCGUGAACCUUAGCACUUCCAGCUGUUCAGUCGAUUUGUCUUUAAUCUAGUGGAAUCUCAGUGCGUCACGUUCAGCUUCCUUGACUCUUAUCUGUAGGAAGGCCUUGCGCAUAUCUCCGGCUACUGCAAUAGGAUGGAAUCUAUUGCGGACAAUAAUACUCCAAAGUUCAUUCUGUAGCGGGGGACCGGUGUGUAAACACUCAUUCAAUGAUGGUACACCGUCAUGCGCACGGGCCGAGGCGUCAUAUACCACUCGUAGCUUAGUUGAUUCUGCAUUCUCGCGUAUUACCGCUCCAUGGGGCAUGUAGAAUUCUUUGCCUGUUACCUUUGCUGGUGCCUUCUCAACCACACCUUCCUCCGGCUGCUCCCGAAUAAUGUCGGCGUACUGGUCCGGCAUAUCAAUUCUCUUUAAUUUCCGUAGAGGAGAGUUCACUCUGCGCACACUGUCCGCAUAAUUAUUGGGCAACUCAGGACAGUUCCUUUUCCAAGGAAGUCCAGUUUCGUAUCGACCGUCUGGACUCCUUGCUAGCUGCUCCUUGAAUUCUUCGUGGACAUCGCUCUGGUGUGUAGAUGGUCUGUCCUCUAGUCCCAGAACAUCUAGGGCGCAGAGUUGGUUGUGAUCAACCGUCAAAUUUACGGCAAGGUAUGUAUCGCCCAGAUCUGUUCCGGGGGACAUAAUGGUCCACCCGAAACGCGUACGCUCUGCUACGAUAUCUCCUCUUCGUCCGACCCGUCAACGAUCACUGGUCUGUAUCUUGAUAUCUUGGCAAAGUCAUUAGCGCCGAUUAUCACGUGCAUAGGUAAAUGAGCUUUUGUAUCACUAUCCUCCAUUGUAACACCUCUCAGGUGAAUGUGAUUGUUUAAGAGAUCGGAAUACCUUGGGUUGUCUAAGGUCAAAAGUUCCCUUUUUUCGAUUUUCGUGACAUAUACGUUUAGUGUGAAAUCUCCAAUCACAGAACGCAUGACAACUUCGAAGACUUGCAUAGUUCUGGUUUCGACGCCUGUAAGCAUGGCGAUUUGGCGCAAACUCGUACUCUUUGCUUUCGGCUUUAAUUAAAUUGAUCGCUUUGGAAGAAGCAUAGGAAUGGCUGGUGCUACUGUCCAACAGGGCUCUUAAUUAUUAUUCGCCCAUGUUUAUAAUCACGACCGGACGAAUAACACUGGAAUCUCCGAUUAAAUUUGCAGUGAUACCUGGUCCUCGUCUUUCCUUUUUGUCACAUAUAGAAGUGUGGUGCUUUCCAUUGCAAAUUCUGCAAGUAUUCCUGCUCUCACAAUCGCUGGCUCGGAGUUUCGCACUUGUACAAUUGAAGCACAAGCGCUUAUCGGCACGUAUUUUUUUCCUUUCGUUUACGUCUGAAGGUUACCCAAAGACAUCUCCUGUCUUCUUCAAACAAAAAUUCAGCGUCUUCAAUUUUCUCUCAAGAUCGGCAAUUUGUUUGUCCAUGAUUUCCAACGCUGUCCUGGCGGGGUCGCUACUGUGUCGAAAACGUGAAAAAGCUGUACCACGCUUCCUUAUUAAGUUACGGUUUAUUCACUUGAUUUAACGAUUUGCUUCAGUUGACUCCCACUCACAGCUCUCGGCUUGUUAGAAAAGAAACACACACUCAUCUUCCCGUUGUAAGCAUCUGGAACAGUGCCACAUAUGGGGCGAUUAAACACGUGCCGCAUACAUGUUUGUUUGGUUAUGUAUAGAUAAACGAAAUCAUUUAUAAAUGUCAGUCACAUUAAGAAUAAUUGACGUAUCUUACAGUUUCCGACAGGCAACCUAAAACGAGAAGCUUAGGUUAUGAAAAUCAUCAUCCCUUUCGGGAGUUACUGCAUUAUGGGCAACAGGUCGGGUUAGAAAAAACUUGUCAAAUUCGAAUGGUCAGUGGUGAAAUAGGCUUAAUAACGCAUGGAGAAAUAAAUCAUUAGUAGUUCCAGUAAAUAAUAAUGUUAUAAAUCAUAAAAUGUUAACACUAUACUUCGCCGAAGAAAAAGUUAAGCAAGUUUUCAGAAGUGUUGACUGUACAUAUAUCUUUUACUGCUUUCGUAAACGAUGGGUGGGUACAAACUUAUUAAAGACCCCUUCAACGGCCGGAAGUCAGGAUACAUUUUUUUGCCACACAACAAAGUUACAAUUAACGUAAAUAUAAUUCUUCUUGAUGCCUUUCCCAGUGUCACCGAUGCCUCUGUUGGUUGAUAUACUGUAGCAGGAAAAGAUAUUGUUAAAGUCAAAGCUUUUGAAAAAUUUCUUCACUUUUUAAUUAGCGAAGUAUAACUUGGUAACAUUUCGGCUUUGCAAAGCGACUGUUUUCUGCAACUACAAAUGAUUUAUCUCUACUUGAAGUAUUAAAGUUGUUUCACCGCUGACCACUUACAUUUCGGACUAUUUUCUUUCCUGGCUCGUCGCCCGUGAUGUAGUAAUUCCCAACCCUUUCACCUUAGGAGUGAUCAAAAAGGAAUUUCUUCAAGUAGCAUUUUUACAUAUGCAAGCUGUAAGGUGACAAGAAGAAAGAAAGUUAUCAACCAGGCGUAUAAUGUAUGAUUGAAUACUUUAGGGAGAAUCAAUAUUUAGAUGUUAGGGGCGAAAGUGUUCAUUAGUUUUACUGUGUGGAAUGGUACAGAUGCAAAGUGGCCAACUGAUAAUGUAUCCUCUUCUUACAGAUUUGUUUACAAGUUUGUGUGUGACCUGAAAAACCUGUUGGGCUAUAGUGCAGGAGAGCUGAGCAGACUUGUUUUGGAAGCUGAAGACGCAGCCAGUGACAUGGAGCCUGGGACAAAUGGGGGACAUUAG